AUGGACAUGUGCGCAGCUCCACCCGAGAAUGAGUCGCAGCUAGUGCAGUAUAAAGGUGCUCCCCGAAUCACCGUACCACCAGCAGAUGACUCGCCGCUCUCGUACCGAGAGGACACUCUUGUGAGUGUAUUCAACGACAUAUACAAUCACUUUAUAAACCUCUUCUACAUUCCUCCCGAGCGCGUCGUUUUCCCCCCUGCAGAAACGGGACGUCAUCUCCUCGAUGUGGCGUAUCUAAGAGAUAAGCUACGUUUGGCGCCUCGCGUUAUUUCACUGCUCGAGCGAUUACCGUAUGUUGACGAAAUCCAUCAUGGCGGCACUAUUUGGUAUCCGAGUGCGCGGAUGGUCGACUACCGCGAUAACAAGAAGGCGCUCGAGGCAAGGGAUCCUAGUUCAAUAAGUUGGAAAACAACGGAUGCCUUGGGAGCCGAGCGUUCUUCUGGGCCCAAUGUUGAAUACAUGAGAUCGAUGGACAUUGCGUUGGCUUUCCCCGACAAUGGCUUUCAGCACAUUAUCUUAGAUACGGAAGCCAAAAAAGAUAGUAUUCGCUUGAUGGCGGACUGGUGCGAGCUGCCCUCAUUACUAAGCGAAGGGCCUUUGGAAGUUCCAGAGCACGUAGAUCACUACCGCAACCAUGCUGGAUACCAUGCCCCAAGCCUUCUGCGGACUUAUUACGAAGAUCUAUUAUCCCUUGAAAUAUACCCGUUUCGUUUGGAUGACAUGAUUGGUACAUACAAUGUUAGUGGUCUGAGUGCGGGAGCUCUUGAAUUACAGCUAAUGUUGCCCAGGAACCACAAACUUUCAUUACUGUGAACAUCCUUCGUCAAUAUUUCGGCUAUCCUAAUAACUUUCAAAGAGAAGCUUGGGCAAAAGUUGUUGACCAAGUCGAAGACAAAGCUUGGAAGGUCUCGGAAAAGCUUGCCGCUGCUCGGGAUCAUAAUCGACAGGUCGUUGAAGAUGAGGAGACAUGGAUGGAGUACAGCGAGGACCAGAUGCUGCAAGCUACGCAGGAGGUUAUUGCGAUACUGGGGCUCACCAGAUCACACCUAACGUAGCCUGUUUUAGUUGAU